AUGCAAAUCCCAACAGAAAAUCAUCCCAUUUAGGCACUAAAUUAAAUCAUAAAUUUAAACUCACACACACAUAACAGAAUAACAACAUCACAAUUAUUCAAUCUCAUAUCUAUUUCAGGAUUGCCUGUAACUCAUGCAUACAUUAAUCAAUUCCUCCUCUUUAUUAGAUUCAAAAUCAGAGUAUCUUAAUUAAUACUCUAAUUUGAAUUAAUACAAUAUUUAACAUGUCUAACAAUCGCUCUCUCUAUAUGAUCAAUCAUAUAUCAUAUCUAAUUCGAAUACACACAUAUGACUAAAUAUCAGCCUUCAAAUAACUGAAAGAGGACAUGCCAUUUAUAUCACUGAAAUAAU